CCCAUGUAUCUUGGUGGGGCGGAAACCCUCUCCAACGAAUACGAUAACGAACCGGUUGCCGGUUCGUUUUCGGGAUACUAUGGUUCACAAUACGCUCAACAAUCCAGCGUGUUGAGCCGCGGGCGUCGCGGAUCGGAGGCGGCGGAGCGGGUCGCUGCUGUGGAACAGCAUCAGAGCCGGGAGUACGCCGCUCUGAAGCAGGAGGUGGCGAUCCUGAGGGCUCAAGUCGCCCAGGCUUCGCAGACCGCGUCGGACAUCUCUGUCGACGUGGGAGGUCGCGUCGCAUGCUUGGCCCAGCGCGUUCACGCGCUGGAGCAGAGGUUUGCUCCCGCUGGGGCUUCCGCUUCGGGCCAGCCGAGGUAG